AUGUCAGUCCCGUACACGCAGACUGCCAGCCUGAACAUUGCUACUUCAGCUUUGAACGAUGUCCGGCAGUACCUGAGUGUUGAAGGAGGACAAGUCGCGGUCUUCGAUGCCACCAAUACGACAAGAGAAAGAAGAGGGACCAUCGUCAAGUUUGCUGAGCAGAAUGGAUUCAAGGUAUUUUUUGUGGAGUCAGUGUGUGAGGACCCAGAUGUUCAUUGCCAAAAUAUAGUGCAAGUUAAGCUGGGAAGCCCAGAUUACCUACACUGCAACUCAGACGAGGCGAUAGAAGACUUCAUGAAGAGAAUUAAGUGUUACGAGUCGUCCUACCAGCCUCUGGAUGAGGUUCUGGACAGAGAUCUGUCCUACAUAAAGAUCAUGGAUGUGGGCCGUCGUUACCUUGUAAAUCGUGUCGUCGACCACAUCCAAAGCCGAAUCGUUUACUACUUGAUGAACAUCCACAUUACCCCACGCUCCAUCUACCUCUGCCGCCACGGUGAGAGCGACCUCAACAUCAAGGGACGAAUUGGUGGAGACUCUGGCUUGUCUGCCAGAGGGAAAGAGUUUGCCAAACAUCUGAGGAAAUUCAUCCAGGAGCAGAACAUCAAAGAUCUGAAAGUCUGGACGAGCCAGAUGAAAAGAACAAUCCAGACAGCAGAGUGCCUGGGAGUGCCAUACGAGCAGUGGAAAUCUCUCAACGAAAUCGACGCCGGAGUGUGUGAAGAAAUGAUGUACGAGGAGAUCCAGGAGCAUUACCCUCUGGAGUUCGCUCUUCGGGAUCAAGACAAAUAUCGCUACCGCUAUCCCAAAGGAGAAUCAUAUGAAGACCUAGUGCAGCGGCUGGAGCCUGUAAUCAUGGAGUUGGAGAGACAAGAGAACGUUCUGGUCGUUUGUCACCAGGCCGUCAUGCGAUGUCUUCUGCAUACUUCCUGGAUAAGACGCAAGUAAGAACGACUAAAGAGGCGAAGUGAAAGUCAGCUAACAUUUUCAGAUUUAUUUUUUUCCAGUUUGACAUAUCGGGUAGUCUUUCUUUAGCUAAACUACUAUUUAUUGUAGAGUCUGGUGGUCCAGUUUCAGCUUGAAAUAAAAUGUUGUACAUUCUGACAGUGCAACUUUUUACGACUUUGUUUCUGUCGCCACAGAUGAGUUGCCUUAUCUUAACUGCCCUUUGCACACUGUGUUGAAGUUGACCCCCGUGGCUUAUGGAUGUAAAGUGGAGUCGUGUAUUUAGGCGUGGAUUCUGUGAACACUCACAGAGACAGACCGGAGUAGG